AGCGAGAAUUUAGUGGUUGACCAACCAGACCCAAAUGACCGCCGGCUCCCGACGGAGGCCCCCGCCGCCCCGCCGCCACGCCUCCCCCAUGGCGCCUUCCCCCCUCUCCGUAUCCUCCACCAACCCCUCCCCGCCGUCCUCGCGCCGCGUCCGCCGCACGGCCGUCGCGGCCGCGGGCGCCGCCCUCGCGACGCUCCUCCUCCUCGCCGCGGCUGCCGCCGUCUGGCGCCCGGCCUACCUCCCCGCGGCGCUCCUCCGCCGGCCGCCGCUCGCCGCCGCCCGGUUCUACUCCUUCGACCUGGUCCGCGAGUACCCGCACGACCCCGCGGCCUUCACCCAGGGCCUCCUGUACGGGGGAAACGACACUCUCUACGAGUCCACUGGCCUUUACCACCAGUCGUCGGUCCGGAAGGUUGAUCUUCAAACAGGAAAAGUUUUAGAGCAGCACCAAAUGGAUGGAUGGAUGUUUGGAGAAGGCCUGACACUUCUAGGCGACAGAUUGUUUCAAGUUACUUGGCGGAAGAAUGAUGGAUUCAUAUAUGACCGGCAUAACUUUAGCAAA